CGAUCGUCACCAUGGCAAACGUUCCGGCUGUGCAACUUCUCCAGGCCGCGAAGUUUGUGCUCAGCAUCGCCGCCGGAGGAUUUCUUCUCGUUUGCCAGCGGCCCAUGGACUACCCCAUUUUUGUUGCCGCCAUGUACCUCCUGGUGAUCGCAGCCAUCCUGCUGCUCUACUUCUCGCUGGGCCGUCCACAGCUGGGAUCGACAGUCGCCACCACCGCCGAUGGCUUCCGGGUUUCAGCUGACCGACUGCUCAACACUGCCAAGUUCGUGCUCUGCAUCGCCGCCGGAGGAUUUCUUCUCGUUUGCCAGCGGCCCAUGGACUUCCCCAUUUUUGUUGCCGCCAUGUACCUCCUGGUGAUCGCAGCCAUCCUGCUGCUCUACUUCUCGUUGGGCCGUCCACAGCUGGGAUCGACAGUCGCCACCACCGCCGAUGGCUUCCGGGUUUCAGCCGACCGACUGCUCAACACUGCCAAGUUCGUGCUCUGCUUCGCCACCGGAGGAAUUCUUCUCGUUUGCCAGCGGCCCACGGACUUCCGCAGCUUUGUCGCCGCCAUGUACCUCAUGAUGACCCUAGGCUUCCUGCUGCUCUACCUUUCCCUGGCUCGACCUCAUCUGGGAUCCACAACGGCGACGACCGCCGCCGAUGAUUCCUGCGUUCCAACAGAGCAGCUUCUCAAGGUUGCAAAGUUCGUGCUCGCCAUCUCCACCGUAGGUUUUCUUCUUGUUUGCCAGUCGCCCAUGGACUACCCCAGUUAUGCCAUGACCAUGUACCUCCUGAUGACACUAGGCUUCCUUCUGCUAUACCUUUCCAUGUGUCGUUCACGACUGGGAUGGACAACGACCAGCUGAUGGUUCCCAGCGAGCCACAAUUACUGUUCCUGCACGCCCUCUUUUCCCUCGCGCACCCUCCUUGAUCGUUUAAUAUUUCGGGUCGAUGUGCGUCACUUAUGGCGAAUUAGUUUCUGUUAGCUUGGAGUUCAGCAGUCGUUGGUGUCGUUCUACUCUGCUCAGUCGUAGGUCCUAUUUCCACUAGUUGUGGUUGCACGAGACAAUUUGUUCUUGUAUCUUCCCACAGUAUGGUUUGAUCUUUGUUUUGCACUU